CAGAGAGGAUAGCCAAAACACCUUUAACCACCUUUAUGUGUGCGAGUGCUCCCUCUCCCUCUCUCCGUGUGUGUGUGUGUGUGUUUGUGUGUGUGUGCAUAUAGGCAAUAAGCUGCUCCGCCACUGCGCAACGAUGGAGCUAUCGCAACGAUGGAGAUGACGCAAACAGACCCAGCUCUCCAAAAAAGUGUUUCAAGACGAACAUGGCGGCAACUUAACCGCGGUCCAAGAUGACAAUGGCCAACGGGAGAAAGGAUUCUAGGCUUUCCGCCCAGGUACGGGACAGAGAAACCAGCCUGCCUGCAUCGAAAGGGCUCGUUGCUCUCCUUUAAGUGAAUCUGCAAACCGAACGGCGGCAGACGCGCAGCAUCAGUACCGAGAGGCUCGCAACAGCUGGUCUCCCUGCACCCCCGACGAGAGAACAAACCCGGGGAGGGACGGUAAGAGAGAGGGGGGCAUGCGGUCAAAGAGGACGCCGUUUCCCCCCGGAGAGCCAUGGAGAACCGGGAUGCGGCAGCGCUAAGCUUAAUGUGUGCGGGCGCGCUAAUUGGAUCGGAAUAGCACCAAUUGCUGCGGGCGCGAUAGAGGAGCGCCCUGGACCGGCGGAGGCACGGCACCCCACCGUUACAGAGGAGAACCAACCGGACUCCAUCUCCCCCCCAAGUCAAUGAGUAUUGUGGCAGAGCAGCCCCCGCGGUGGAGUCGGCCAGGGCAGCACUUUUCUAAAAUAUGACCAGGGGUGCUUGGAUGCGUCGGCAGCAUGAUGAAGGCUUAAAAUACUGGUUUGCACCCCGAGAGAACGAGAAGCCAUUUACCGAGUCGGAGCGGGCCCAGAGAUGGCGACUGUCGCUGGCCUCUCUGCUGUUCAUCACCGUCCUGCUCUCUGAUCACUUGUGGUUCUGUGCCGAGGCGAAACUGACGCGAACCCGAGACAAGCGGUCGGACGAGGGGCUUGCAAUUACGGACAUGGGCGAGUACCCAAACUCCCUCCACCGACACCAUACCCCAACAUCACCUGACCCCUACCGCCUCGCCAGAGAGCAAUAUGUUAUUUUUCUAGGGAAUUCUACCAAAUCUCUGUGGCGAAUGGACGCCUGUCACCCUGACAGCCUGUCCAAAGACUGCUUUACUUUCACGGACGCGGAGACCGUGUGCCUGGGCCUCUCCGGUGGAGGGGAAAAGGGGACACAGUUGGCGUACGUGAAUCUGAGCGAUUUGUACCUUUCUUUUUGUAAUUCCUACUCACUUUUGGAUUUGUUUUACGGGUUUACGAGUCCGGUCGUUUUGAAUUGCACCCUGGAUAUGGCCAUGGGGGUGGAUCUGCUGGGAUGCAGCGAGUGUGUCCGGGCUUAUCAGCGUCUUGACCUGGAGGCGGAAGAGAACUACCGGGAGUUUGAACUGCUGGUUCAGAAAUACGAGACGGAUGCAUACUCGGUUAGGACGUGCAUGGAGGAAUGCAAGAUGGUUUAUAAGCCCUGGCUGUGUUCUCAGUACUUCCAGACCACCCAGAUGCACUGCAGCAAGCCAAUCCCCUGUGGUCAGUACUGCCUGGAGGUGCAGCAGCGGUGCCCCUUCAUCCUGCCCGACAAUGAUGAUCUCAUUCAUGGAGGCAGCCCCAGUUUUAUAUGCACAGGGCUGCUGGAGGACUAUCCAUCAGGUGUGGAUCCAGAUGCAGAGUGCUGUGACGUGCGGUGGGACUUGAAAGUGGACAACCGAUCCCGGGGGACCCUGAAAAGAACUCACCCGCCAUGCCAGCAUCGUACCUCCCUCAGCUCCUCAGCAGCCUGCAGACUGUGUAACAGCCGGCUCAAACUCUGCCUGCUGGUCCUCGUCCUCCUACACACUGUUGCCAGCCUCACUGCAUCCCACAAUGCAACAGGACUGGGCCUCCCCGCCAUCACGCCUCUGGAGGAGAGCCCUGCCAAUGAGGAGUGAUAGAGCUGCCAGGAGGAGGUGAGGUUGUUGGGGUGGGGGAUUCCCUCACCAUGGCAACCGUUGUGGAAAAAUACAGGCACAGGAGCUGUGUGCCUGUGGACAUUCUGCAACGCUUUCUGGCAAAUGGAAAAUGUGGGACGCUUUGAGAUGAAAGACACACAAAUCAAUCAAAAUAAAUAAAUAAGUAAACAAACAGACAUACUAAGGGUCUCAACCAGUCCCUUAGCUAGGAAAAGGGGACAAUGCCACAGCCUUUGUUGAGUGGGAAGGUCGGCUUCCUCAUGGCUGAGUUUCUCUCACUACGCUUUUUUACACUGUGUUCCAAUUAUUGGUUUCUGUUGCACUGGCUGACUAUGGAAUAACACAAUCAUAUUCUCUUUCUAAUGUUCAUCCUUUGUGUUUGUUUCUGGGUCUCUCAUACAGGAAGAAAAUGUGUUCUCUAAAUAAGACAGAUAAUGUGUAAAAAAAAAAAACCAAAAAAAAAACCAAUUAGCUGCAAGUUUGUGUGUGUGUGUGUGUGACGGUUUGUGUUUCAGGACUGUGUGUGUGUGUGUGUGUGUGUGUGUGUGUGUGUGUGUGUGAGCAUGUGUGGGCAUGUGUAUGCAUGUCUUUACACAUGUUUGUAUGUGUGUAUGAGAGAAUGAGUGUGUGUGUGUUGCUGACAAGUACCCUAAAAGUCUACCUAACAGACUGGUGUAGAGAUGAAAUUUUUAUGGACCCCCCCCCCCCCCCCCCCCCGCAACCUAACGGGUGUCACUUAGCUCUGCCGUGCUGGUUUGUUGGGCACAAUCCCAUUAAAACUUAACUGGGUUUUGAAUGUGGUUCUGAUGUCCAUAAUAAGCUCUAUGUUUAACACAGGUUUAUGGUUUUUCCUCAGUUUGUUUUGUGAGAUAAUAUUCAUCUAUUAUUACUGUUUUUUUUUUGUUUUUUUUACAAGGAUCAAACCAUUUCGGUAAUUAGCAUCAGUAAAAGUCUACCACCUGGCUAAACUGUGAAAAGCAUCAGGAAACAAACAGGAUGCAUUCCUCCAAUGUCAUCUGCACUCAAAGUCGCAAAGGUUACCUCCAUUUAAUUACAAAUUGGGCCGUAUUUUGGUUUUCACCAAUAAUUGCGACCACAGCACCAUGUUUAUUGACAAUGAUUAAAUGAAGACUGACGUGGGAAGAAACACGAGCAGACAAUUUAAACAGACCCCAGAUUAGCCAAACAUAUUUGGAGGAUGAAAUGAAGGCUGAGUAUGUGCACACAGUUUUCCUGAAGGAUUGUUUGGGACAUUUCAGGUGCACUCACUUUUAGUUUUGAAAUCAUUACAAAUAAAUAAUAAUAAUCAUAAAUAUUAAAUUAAUAUGUCUGAUCAUCUGACCCCUUGUUGAAAUGUUCCCACAUCUCAGUCAAAUAUAACCAAUAGAAAAAAUGGUCAAGGCUAUGAUCCUUUAAGCUUCAGGCUAACACUAUGACAGGGCUGAGGCAUAUGAUCAAAAUAUAUUUACCUCGAUAAUCACGAAAGCUGAAAUAGUGAUUAUUUUAACAUCACGCUGCACACUGCUGUGUUUUGAAUGAAGAUGAAGGAAAGACAUUACUAGAUCCCUUUUAUUAAACAUAUUGACAUGAGCAAAAUAAGAAGCCUCAAAGAAUCUUUAAUUUGGUAUAAAUGUUUGGUUCAUCACCCAUUGGUACUAGUUAUAGUUAGUUGGUAAACUAACUAAAAUAACCUUAAUUUACAAAGACAGGAUAAUGAAAUUCUUCCAACAGAUCCUCCUGUAAUUCAGUUUUUAAACAGUUAGCCUUUUGUCAGUAAGUGUCUUAAUUCACAUGAUGGUAAAAAAAAAAAAAAAGCAUGAAUAGGAUGAUUUUAUCUCACAGAACAAAAUGUGACUUUCUUAAGCUUGUUGUAACCAAAGAUGUUAUUUCAGGCAUUUAACCAAAAUCCCAUUCAGAUUUUCAGCCACAUGGGUCAGCAAAGUUAACUGACAUUGGAAUAUUAGCACUGGACCAAUAUAUUUAGCACUAUUGCUCCAGACGUAGAUACUUUUGUUAUUUUAGAUUUUAAAGGUACCAUCCAGUCCAAGUAAUGUCUGCAACAUAAAAAUCCCUCUGUUCCCUCUGCCUCAACAGCUUUGGUUCUUUUCCUGCUGCAGGUUAAUAAUCAAAUGUGACAGCAGCAUGAGUAAUAAGUGAUUAUAUCCCAUCACCACUACUCGAAAACAACAACUCAAUUUACUGUUUUCCCCUGAACCAAAAAUAUAUUUGUGGUGUAAUUUUAACCUCAGGCUUUUUUAUUCCCAGGAAACAUACUGACUGGAUGUUACCUUUAAGGACUUUUCAUACCUGGUAAACUGCAAUUCCCAAUCAAUUAUGAUGACCAUAAAAUGUCAGCAUGUCACUAAGAAAGGUAGCCUGCUACCUGCUGUAGCGUUAAAGGAAAUCCCCUGACCCACUAAUAGGUAUAUAACAAUUUUCCCCCACUCCCGGGCCACACAAAAAGUUGUAGAAUGACAUUCAACAUCUCACCAACACAGAGACAAUUUGUUGAAAAAUGUUCACUUUGUUUUGAAUCAAAUUGUGUAAUCUAUUCUCAUUAACUGCAUGUGGAGGCUCUCUGUAACGUUAUGACAGACUCUUUUUUGUUGACCGCCCCACUACCUGUAUAAGCACCACACCUUAUCCCGAAUCAGCUGCUGUAGCAUGCCCACUGUCUUGUACUUUUCUCCUCAAAACAUCAAACUAAUCUCAUUAAGUAAAGGGCUUAUUAAGAAAUACAGUACAUUGUCAUCAACACAGUCAAACACACUCAAACACUCCAAAUUGUUAGCAGAGAAAGGAUAAAAUCAUGGCUCAUUCUCCUGAAGUACAGAGGUGGGAGAGCUCGAACAGAAACAAAUCCAGAGAGAGGAGCAUGUCAUUGUUUGUGUAAGCACUAUUGGCAAAACCUGAUAAUCAUCUAAGUCAGCUGAUACUUAUGUUUAGCUUUUAAAUGUUGACCAGCGUGUGAACAGAAAGGAAUGGUGUGACCUUAAGGGCUGACCUCUUCUUCAGUUUCUAGUUUUUAUUUUGUGUCUCUUUGAUGAACAAGGCUGUGAGAUCAGGUAUUCAACGAUAAACAGAUGUUGCUGAAUGCAUUUUUUUUUUUUUCCACACUGAGUAUGUUGAUUACUUAAACGAGAUGUCCAAUCCAAUAUCUGAUGUCAAGAAUUUUAUUAUACAGCUUAUAUGAGGAUUUAAAAUUCAUCGUUAUUCAAUCCAUUUCUGUAUAACCAAUAUAUUGGCUUAUUUUGACACUUAUGCUGUUAAGACCCUGCCCCACUCUACACUUUACCAUUCCUGCUUGCAUGAAAUAAAUAGCUGCUCAUUGUCAUUCAGCACAGCACACCCAUGCCCAUCUUGGAUGACCGCAUUCAGUGACAGAAAAAUGCUGCUAUACUAUUGGCCACCAGUAGAUGGAGAUAUUUUUAUUCUUUUAUAUUGCUUCUGCUGCUGAGGACCUACCACACAAGGACUGUCAGAUACAGAGGAAUCAGGAAGGCCGAGCUUGGGAAGAAAAGGUGACGGAUCUGUGGGUAAAAGUGCGCUGUUGUACUCUAUGUGUGUGUACGUCUGCGUACAUGCACAUGCAGAGAUGUGUGUUUGUGUCUGUUGCUAAUUGCCAUGUUCUCUGGAGAGCUCAUUAGCAUUGCCAUGACCUUGGUGCCUGCAGGACAGGUGUGGCAAACCUCCACUGUCUUUACACCCACAGGGAUCUGCUACACUAGUUGUCCCAUUAUUCACUGCAGCCCUAAAGCUGCAUGGACUGUAGUAUGAAACCAUUGUACUGUACAAUGUGUAAUCACUGUGUCACCGCCCCAGGACCCAAAACAGACUAGAGUAAAUCUAUGUUUUCCCUAAACUGUCUAGUAGAAUAUUUCCCCAACCCUUGUCUGAAAUGAGGAAAAACGGGUGUCAGAGGCAGUGCAGAGAAGGCCAGGGUGAAUGAAGUGGACAAUGAUGUGAAUCUGGUGCCAAAGCAUACCUUAUAUUGAGUAAAAUAAACCCAAUUCAUAUCUGAUAUGACAUGCUGCUUUUCGAAGGGCAACAGGAGGAAAAAACAGGGUCUGUCAGUGUCAUAGAAAUGUGCCAUGCAACCUUCACCACAAGCACAUGUAAGGGAUCUUUUAAGACGUACAUGUGUUUUCAUUCUGCCUAUCAUGUCAGCGGCCAUGCUGUGAUGGAACAACCAUCACGAGCCAACCGCUGGACAUGUAUUCAUACAGUAAACCUGCAUUCAAAAGUCAUGCAGAGGCCAUGUCUGCUUUACAUGCAGUAAUGCAUCCUUACUGUGUGCUGUGCAUAUUUGUUGUCCUUCAUUCCCCUACAGACAUGUUUGCACCAAGGAUGGACAUUUUUGUGUGCAAGAUUUCUUCCAAAAAUUCAUAGAAUUAGAUUUGACUUAAUGUAAAACUCUAAUUUGACUUUUGUUGGUAAUGCAGGCAUGCACGCAACAGUUACUCUGCUGUGAUAACUUUUUUUGUGUGUGUGUUUUGGUUUGUCGAUUUUUUUUUACUGCAUUAUACUGAGAAGAAAUUGUGUAGGGUCCUAUACAGUAGAUUCCAUCUAGAUCCCUGACAAUGGUCUGUAGCAGUCAUAGGGUAUGGCCUGUCACAUUGCAUAACACACACCAACCUACAAAAACCUUUUUGUGUUUUAACCCUGCACAUAUAGACUAUGUAUGCCUCUUGGCCCCGACCCCCUGUGCACCCACCACCAAGUGGUAUGUACACAAAUAUUUCCCUCUGUCACUCCUUCUCAGCCUCUCUCUGUUUUCACAAUAGUUCCGUUCUCUAUCCUGUGGAUCUAUGCAGAAGCCCAUUCCUUUUUUGGUUGUAAAUACGUUCCCUAGUAUGCUGAACAAUGUAUGUCUUUUCGUCCAGGUUUUCUUGUGUAUUUUGAGUUGAUGUCAUGCUAUUACUUUCUUCUUCUUCUCUAAUUCUUUUUGUAUUUUGAGCGUCUGAAAUCAUUGAUGUUAAAAGAGAAUGUGGUGAGAAUUAACCAAUAGAAUUGUCCUCAGCUUCACAACCUUAUUGUAAAAGGUUGUGGCUCUGUGUGUGUGAAAGCGAAAGAUUUAUUAUUAUAGAAAUGAAAAAGGUUCAAAGGCAUAUAGAAGUAUCAUUGCGAUUAUGAUUAUUAUGAUUACUAUUAUACUACCAGUAUAUUGUAAUAUUAUAGAUGCUUUAGUUCAAGUAACUUCUUUAAUUUUUUUACAAACAACUUUGAUGAAAUGAUUUAUAAAACAGUCUCACAAGUCAUGAUCUUUUCGAGAAUUAAGAAAACUACUGCUACAAUGAUUAAAAUUGUGUUCUGAUGAAAAUAAAUACAGACAUAUAAUCUG